UGUGCUGUAAAUUAGUUUGCCCCAUUAUAAUGCUGGUGCACCUGUGGUGCGCCGAGUAGGCAGAAGCUACACACCAUUGGACAGUUAUCGUAGCCGGCAAAUCCACCAGAUCCGCCGGCAAAUUUCAGCGGCGAGAGUGGCGUUUACGUCACCACGACUACAUGGUCCAUACAAAUACAAACAAAUCAAGAGAGAGCGAUAAAACAGAACUCAUGAAUAUCAUUCAGGCUUACAUAAAAUCAUAUUGUGAAAAUUACUGUCCAUAUUGGCAAUUAUUUGUCAGCUAGGAAAGCUACCAUGGUUUUUGCCCUGUAGGCCGACAUUGUUGUUUGUUUUGUCCACUGACAAUGACGUGGUUGCUGCCGCUGGUUGACAGAUUACACUCCAUUUCAACAAUUUUCACGGCCUGCACCGGCGCACUGAAAUGGAGCGGACCUUUGCAAACUAGCGGGAAAAACAGAUAAACAAGCCGAGAGUAACCAUGGCUAGUAAGGAUUAUCCAGGUCUUUUUCAAGAUUAACUUUUAAUGAAAAAUGGAGAUCGGUAAAGGAAGACUUAGUAGAGCUAAUUUGGCGCAGAAAAUCAAAGCUUUUUCAAAUCCAGGAUUUCGUUUUCAAGUAAAUUUCGUCAAUGCCAUCAUCAAAGGCCCUCACGUCCCGGCCCAGGGCUUGCACCCUGCCAUCACCCAAUCGCCGCUGACCCUGCACGGCCGGAGUGACCAUGUCUCCUACCUGGACUUACCCAGCUCCUCACCCCCUUGUGGCUACCGGGGAGGAGAUGACAACAGGGUGUUUGGUGGACCAGCCCACCGGGGCCACCUGCCCCAGCAGCUGCACCCCCUCCACCCUCAGCACCCUCCCAGCUGGCCCAUCCCCCCGCAGAUGCCCCUGCCUAAUGCUCGGCACAGCGUUUGUCUGCCGCCACUCGAGGCCACAGACCCGGAACUGUGCGCAGGGGGCCCAAAGCUGUGUGGCACCAACCCCGGGCUGGGCAGUGGUGAACCCACAGGGGCAUCGUGUGUGUCUGGGGAGUAUGGCCGGCAGAGUCUGUCAUCAGAUGACGCUGACAGGAGGAGCAUUAAAGGAAAGAAUGAAAUUUCAGAGUCCCAAGACGGGAGCUAUAAGUCAGACAUGAACAGCAAGCCCAGGAAGGAGCGCACAGCCUUCACCAAAGAACAGAUCCGGGAACUGGAGUCCGAGUUUGCACACCACAACUAUUUGACCAGACUGAGACGCUACGAAAUAGCUGUCAACCUCGACCUCACGGAACGACAAGUGAAGGUGUGGUUCCAAAACCGCAGGAUGAAGUGGAAGCGCGUUAAGGGAGGCCAACAGGGAGCAGCAGCACGGGAGAAAGAACUGGUGAAUGUGAAAAAGGGGACAUUACUGCCAUCAGAGUUUUCAGGGAUAGUGGGACUGCAGCACUCGGCCAGCUCGCCAAGGCUGGUGACUGAGGAGGACAGCCGCGAGAGUGACCAGAGCUCAGACCAUCCUCAGCUAUGACCUUCCAUGGUCCUCCUCCUGAGGGAAGGGUUACUGGACAGAACAGAAACAAGGGAGAUAUUGGUGAGAUGUAAAAACCUAUGUAUGUAUACUGUUUGCUGUGGGAUGAAACAAGACUCAGAAAACAUUCCAGAGACGCUUUGCAUUGAUGGAAGGGUGUGGAUUUUGCACUGUCAAGGAUUUGCUUCAGUCAAAUUCUACUGUACGCCGUUGAGCAAUCAGUACAAAAAUGUAACAUUGUGUUUACAAUGAACUGGAAACACUCAUGCCUUUGAAUUGCAAUAAUUUAUCAAAGUCAAAAGAGUCCCAAGAAGACUGUAACCAUCUUAAACAUUUUUCAAGUUAUUUUUCUAUAAAUGAUAAUCAUCGGAUUAACUUUUUUUUGCAUCUUGCUUCC